AUGAUCAGACGGCCCCCAACUAUCAUUGCCCUGGAGGAAAAAGAUGUUGAAUCUCACCUCCAGCGGAUAUAUAUCCGUCAUACGCUGACUGUUGAAUUCGAGCAGCUGCACCUAGACGAUGAGAGCUGCGAUGAAAUGGACCCGUCCCCGAGCUCCCAUGUCUCUUCGGAAUUUGACGAGGAUAUUGAUACCACAGGCCUGACCCAAGAAGGAUCCUCAUGUUUUGAGCCUACUUCUCCAAGAGAUAGGAGCUGUGCUUCUACAGAUGCAAUUCCACAUACUUCCAUUACAAAGUCAUGCCUCAAAUCCCCAAUCCCAAACCAACACUCCUCGUUACAAGUGACAAUUUCCACUGGAAUACACUUGCAAGCAGACCGGUCUGACCCACCGCGACUGAAGGUGAAAUUUGCCCUCUCACCGCAAGAACAUGAACUCCAUAGCGGCAAUGCCCCGCUUGGAGAAGAAACAGAUCGGGAUCGCCACAGAGAGAACUACCCGCCAAGCGACACCGAUGCUAUAUAUACACCCAUGCUCAUGGACUCACCAACUUCGACGCCGCAGGUUUCAUUCUUGUCGUGUGGCGUGUCCUCAAGUCCGGCCUCCGCAAGCGUCCCACUCCUAGCCGUAGCAUCCACGAUGUCUUACGAGGCAGUCUUGGCCGAGGGGGCAGUCUCCCCUGAUAGUGUGGCCAAUAGCACUAGUGAGAACUGCGAUUCGCACGUUAAAACGGUUAUCUAG